GUAUUGAACCCCAGCAUGGCAGAACGCAGGACCUUCUAUCGUUUCUUUUGCUGCUGCUGUCAUGAGGAGGCACCAGAGAAGAGUCCACUGAUCAGUGAGACACUCUUGUACUUUGACCGGGAGGUGAAGCGUCGGAGAGCAGAAGAGGCAAACUUGUGGAAUGAGCCCCAAGAUGUGUCUCACACAGAAAGAGAUGAUGAUCGUGAUCUAUACAACUUACUUCAGAAAAGAGCAAGGACACGGAGGGGUUCAGAGGGCUACCGCCGGCUUAGUUUUGAUAUCAGUGCCCACAGACAGAUACGUAAAGAUGUGAAGGAUCGUUGGAGGGUGCUUCUGGACAAUCUAGGUUUUCGUAAUGAAGCAGACUCUUUGCUCAAUGUGCAUUCUAAUACCUCCUACAAUAGUAUGCGGAACCCCACAGAGGCUCGUCAUCUGCUCAACCUGUUAGCCGAGGAGACUAGCAUAUUUGAGCAGCCCAACCUUCCACCUCCUGAGAGGUACCUGUUUGUUCUGGACCGGCUCAUUGUUCUUGACAUGGGAACAGAAUUUGUAUCGAUUGCCAGACGAUUUUAUCCCCCUGAGACUCUGGAAAGCAGCGAAAAGGAGAGUGUGGAGCCUGGCACUGCUGUCCUGGUAAGCCCAGGCUCGCAGGAGGUGGGAAAUGGUGGAGACAAGGAGGAAGAAGAGUGCAUGGAAUUGGACGAAGAAAGCUUCCUGGUCAACCUCACCGAGUGAUCUUUGGAGCCACUAUCAGCCUUCCUAUGUUACCUAUUGUCUGCAUCUUUAUGUUUUCUCUAUGCAUCUUAAGAACAAUAGUUUGUUCCCUAUAAUUGCCAGAUUGUGAGCAGAGUUGAGAGCUGCAUUUACAUGUAUCACUCAUCCCAAUUCAGAUCCAUUAUUUGCUGUCAGCAGAUCGCUGUUUACACAGGGUCAAGUCGCUGCUCAGAAAGGAUGGUUUAAGGUUUCUGCAUCAACAAUGUUUUUACCUUGCAUUAUCAUCAUCAUCAAUGCUUUCUAGGGUUUGCUCGUUCAUAGGUCGAAUAGAGGGACAUUUUGAAAGGGCAAUUAUCGGGAAUGUUUCACCUGUUUCAUGUUUCAAAAGUCAUAGCAACCUCCCCAUACCUACAUAUUUUCUGAAAGCAGACACCUGGCACAUUGUCAAAAUGUCAUUCACUACUUUAUACACAUCGGCACCUCCAUGCAAUUUUGUGUCAAAGUAAAAAUUUUCAUAAAUAUUGCAUAAAACUUUACAUAAGUUAUAAGUGUAAACUAAUCAGAAAGUUGUAAGCAGAAGACUUCAUAAAAAAUAAAAGUUCAACGUGUGCAGAGUUCAUACACACCAUUUAGGCUACUUUCACA